ACCAUCACCAUCACGCAAUGUCAAAGCAGGCAAUGUCAAAGCUAAUAGUUGUCGCCUUCACCAUCGUCACACUCCUAGCCUUCGGUUCUGCCCACAGGACCAUCGUCACCACCACCAUCGAAGAUGACACCUUUGACACCAACCCCAGCUCCAAAAAAGAAUUUUGUAUGCAACAUCUCCGGGACCAACAACUCCUGCAAUGCCAGAAUUACCUGCAACAGCCGGAUCAGACCCCUUCCGGACUGCCAAACCCACAGCAGCAGCAAGCCCUCCAACAAUGCUGCCAAGAGCUACGAAACGUCGACGAACAGUGCGUGUGUAAGGCCGUGAAACAGGUGUUCGGAGAAGUCCAACAACAGCAACAACAGCAACAACAACAACAACAACAGCAGCAACAACAACCUUUUGGUUCCCAACAGUUGAAACAAAAGGCUGAAAACCUCCCUAACAUUUGCAACGUCCAAACCAGAAAACAAUGCAAUAUUAAAACCGGCAAACAAUGCCGGAGUCAGGUCCAGGGACGAGAGUUCAACCGGUGCCAAAAGUACUUGAAACAACAGUCCGGCUCCGGCUCCGGCUACCUGAGGACGGUCGUUUCGUUGGAGAAACAGCCGCAAGAAGUGGAACAGUGCUGUGAAGAGCUUCGAAAUGUGGACGUKGAAUGCCAGUGUGAGGCGAUGAAGGAAGUGUAUAGCCAAGCUCAGAAGGAGCAGCAGCGGCCGGAGAUGGGGCAGUUGGGAAGGAUGGUUCAGAAUCUGAAGAACCAAUGUAACUUAGAUGUGGAACAGUGCCAAAUUCCAUCUUGGAUGUUCUAAGUAAGGUAGCUUGAUGGUUCAGUGGAGA